AUGCAGGUGAGAGUCAAAACAUUGACAGGAAGAGAUAUCGUGAUGGACAUUGAACCACAGGAUAAGAUUAUUAGAAUAAAAGAAAUGAUGGAAGAGAAGGAAGGUAUUUCACCGGCGCAACAGCGAUUGAUUUUUAAUGGCUCGCAAUUAGAUGAUGAUAGAACUGUACAAGAAUCAGGUAUCCAAGCCGGCGCGUCUUUGCAUUUGGUAUUGACUUUGAGAGGUGGAUAA